AUGCAGGUGACGACCCAAGCGGCAGCCAAUGUGCUGCUGACGAGUGUCACGGUCUACUUCCCGCUCUUCCUCGUGCUUGUUUUGGUCUAUGAGUGGCUCCGGCCUCGCGUGCCGCACGUAUACGCACCAGAGAACGUCGCAGACUUUCCCCAGUCCAAGCAGCGCAAGUUCUUGGGCUGGGUGCCCUUUGUGUGGCGGAUCGACGAGUCCCACGUGGCUGAAAAGUGCGGUCUGGACGCGUGGGUCCUGCUGCGCUUCAUGCAAUUGGGACGAAAGGUGGCGCUGCUGUGUGUUUUGUGCUCCCUCGCCCUUUUUCCCAUGUACUUCUUCACAGCAGCAGUGCUUGAAGCACAGGAAGAAGAGAAGCACCACCACGACCACCGACUGAGUCACCUCCUGCCUGCACAUAACGGCGAGUCAAAUGCUUCAGUUGCAGCGAUCACGUCCCUGAUGAUGCUCAUGCUUGAUGCACAACUGGAGGUCGGCAGCAAUGCAUCAAAAGAUGUGUUGGCCGACGGCAAGUUGAAACUGGAUGUGGUGGACCGACUCACGAUUGCCAAUGUUGGCAAAGAUGACUGGAGACUCUACUUUACAGUCCUUGUUGCCUACAUUAUCAGCUGCUACGUCAUGCGACUGCUGCUGAACGAGUACACGGUAUACCGCAAACGUCGCCACGAGUUCCUCACGCGCAAGCAUCCACAGCAGUAUAGCGUCGUGAUCUCGGACCUCCCUCAGGCACAACGUCGUCCCCAGACGUUACAGGCGUAUUUGAAUUUCCUGUUUCCCGAUUCCGUUCACUCAGUGUACAUUGGUGUCGAGUGUGCAGCACUCGAGAAAGUGCUUGAAAAGCGCCGGACGAUCGUGUACCACCUGUAUGCUGCGAAUGUCCAACUAGCGAAGGCGAAAUCCAAGGCAAGUGACCAUGAUGUGAUCCAGCGACCGAAAAACUACAUUGGCCGUCGCUUCUUUGGACUCUGUGGUGGUGGCAAGAAAGUUGAUGCUGUCGAUUACUACACGGAGGAACUGCAGAAAGUGGAGGCUGAGAUGGUUCGUGUUCGAGACGACAUCCUUCGCUCUCAGUCGGCAGAAAAAGCCCAAGAUGUCACUAGUGGAAAGUCAUACGGCUCCAUGAGCGCAGCAGCGUCACGCGGAUUUUCUUCUCUGUCCGAACUGACCGAAAAGCUUCGUGCAACAAAGAGUUCGGUGUGGAGAGAUGAAACGUUGCCAUUGCUGCAUGUCAGCAUGCCGGUGCCCAAGCGUCCAAAUGUGAUGCGCAGCAGUGCAUUUGUAAGUUUUCGGAACAUUCGAUCUGCGCAAGCGGCGCAGCAACUUCUCCAGGUGGAGAACCCUCGUUGCAUGGUUGUUCUUCCUGCCCCUAACAUUUGUGACGUUCAGUGGGAAAACUUUGGUCUGCCGCACAAGCUCAAAGCAAGGUGGAAACUUGUCUCCAUGGGCGUCUCGCUCUGGAUUGGGUUGUUCUGGACAGUGCCAACGGCUUUCGUCGCAUCGAUGGCUAGCGUUGACGAGCUUCGCCACCUAUUCCCAUGGCUCGGUGGCUUUAUGGAGAAAAGCCCGUGGCUUCUCAUUGCUUUGCAGCAAACUGCACCGCUGGUGUAUUCAGCAAUGAAUGGUCUCGCAAACGUGAUUUUUCGGCUAUUGUCUACGCAGGAAGGUUACUUGUCGAUCUCGGAAGUGGAAGCUAGUCGCUUUACGAAACUGUGCUUCUUCCAAGCUUUCCAAAUGUUCUUCGUGUCGGCGCUCGCAGGAUCCAUCAUCACGGAAUUUAUGUUGUUCUUGGAUCAGCCGCGUGCGCUGUUUUUCUUCUUGGGCAACACGAUUGCGAACCAGUCCAUGAUGUUCAUCACCUUCAUCAUCACGCAAUUGUGCGUCAACACGCCCCUUUUCCUGCUGCGCGUGUCACCCUUGGCAAUCUCUGCGGCACACCGUGUCUUGGCUCCCUUGCAUGCCAAGUUACCUCAACCCCAAGAAUGGAUGGGCCUAUGCCCGAUCAAUUUUCGUACCGACCUCGAUGUGCCGAUGAAUCUGGCCCAGCAAUACCUCGUGUUCUUGUUUGUCGUGGUGUUUGCCCCCAUCGCACCACUCGUGGGCUACUUUGGCGCAAUGUUCUUCGUGGUGUCCGAGCUUUCAUACAGGCGGUGUUUGUUUUUCGUCAACAGCUCGCGCUGGGCAGCAAAUAAUUUGAUGGGUGUGUAUUGGCCACCGCUCUACUCAUUUGUCAUCGGUGCGCUCAUCAUCGGUCAAUGUACGCUGAUUGGACUGCUGUCCUUGAAGUCGGGUGGAUAUGGACCGAUCGGGCUGACCACCAUGCUUCCUUUCAUCACGCUUGCCUUCCAUUGGUAUGCAGUCGACCUGUCUCGUUUGAAUCGAGCUGCCGAAAGUCUGCCGCUUGACCAGUGCUGCGACAUCGAUGAGGAGCGGAAGGAUGAUCCCUUGGAUUUUCUGGAUGAUAUCUACCGCCAGCCAGCCAUGGUCGAAGCUUUUCGUCCGGCUUCGGUCCAGAGCUACGAAUUUAAGAGUGGCACGAGUGCUGCUGUUGAUGCCAUAUACGUGCAGGCGGAUACCGUGGAACCUCAAGUGGAACCGCUGGAGAAGCCUGUCAAGCCUCUUCGUCAGCAAGCCCGCUUAGCUGAGCUCAACAACGACAAGAAAGACGAGAACAACAGGUCUGAAUGA